AGAGCGAAGCUACCGCUGCAGCCACAAGUAGAUGGUGCUGCAUGUUGCCGUGAUGAGACGAUCAAUCAAUCACGAGACAGGUGAGUGCUAGAGAAUAUCAACUUGGAGGGUCCGAAACUAGUUUUACGAGGAUGGCUUGUAGGCGGCCCGCGGACUGGGAGCCCUGUUUGUGGAGUGUGCCCCUUCUACCUCGGCGUGUACAUGGUCGUGAAUAGUGCCGUGGACGGCUGGGGUCGUUCUCUAUCAGGGCCAGCGACCGAAGGCGAAUGCGCGGGCGCACGACGGCGCAGAAAGGCGUGCCAAGUCGUCCUGCACUACACGGGAAAGGGAGUGAAUGUUCAUCCAGGUGGGGCGCUAGCUACACACGCCAGUCCCUGUACGACGAUGGCCCUCACCCGAGACCACGGAAGGCUUUUCGAUCCACGUCUACGCCACAUACUUGCAGAGCACCAUAUCCAACGACGGCAGACGGAGUAUCCGCAUCUCUGGAAGUGCGAGUCAUUUCUACGAUUAUCUGAACAUUCAUCCCUUCGCCCUUCGGUAGGUACUCCCUCCUCGAAUGCCAAGGCGACACGACGACCCCCUCCAAUCCGAUUUCUCCGUUUCUGCACCAGCCGGACGAUCCGCUACUUUGGGUACCGGUCACAACAGUUCCUGAGAUGACGACCAGCCCUGAUGGUUGCGGUAGCUCAGGAUUAGCCUGCUUCUGCCGGACGCACCACAUCGCAGGGCCAAUGACGUGCCUAGGCGAGAUCGAAAAUCCCUCUCUCAUUCGCCGAUCCCAUCACGGCUCCGUACCAGAAUUUAACAG